AUGGCGUCCACACACCCCCGGAUAGAGGAACUCCCCGACGACUUCGACGAGUCGAUGGACCUCAACGCGCCCCCGCCCAAGCCAACAACCCCGCCUACCGCAGGCCCCGAGCUCCCUAUCCCCGGUAAUGAGGAACGAAUGAAGGAGUCGGCAAAGGAUGCGCCUAAGCCGGACCUCCCGCCUGCUAUGGCGGCUGUGGAUUCUCAUACGACGGAUGAGUUGGCGGAUAUACUGAAUAAGACGCCGCUGUUCAUGACGGAUAUCAGCAAGGCGGGGGAUGAGAAUGGCGAGAACAUCAUGUUGGAUGCCCUGCGCGCAUUGCAGAACGAGGGAACGCGGGGCGACGUUGCGCAGAAUUUCCGCGAGCAGGGGAAUGAGGCCGCGCGGGAGAAGAGGUGGAUUGAUGCAAAGGAGUUCUACACCAAGGGGAUCGCAGUAUUGAAGUCCACGGAGCAGAAAUGGGAUAAGCCCGAGGAUGAGGAGGAGGAGCAGAGACUUCGGCGGGAGGUUGAGGAGGCAUCGUAUAUCAACCGUGCGUUGUGUAAUUUGGAGCUGAAGAACUACCGGUCUACGACGCUGGACUGUGCUUCCGUUUUACAGCUCAACUCGCGCAAUGUCAAGGCUUAUUACCGCUCCGCGAUGGCAUUAUAUGCGCUUGAUAAGAUAGCCGAGGCGGAGGAUGUCGCUACGCGUGGAUUAGCGCUUGACCCGAAGAACAAGCCACUGCAGCAGGUUUCGUCGAAGAUCACGGAGCGGAAAGCGUCUCUUGAGAGGAUAGCCGCCAAGCGGAAGGCCAACGACGAGCAGACGCUCAAAAAGAAACAGCUCCUGAGCACUGCCCUCCGCGCUCGACAGAUUAGAACCCGCAAAACUAACCAGCCUCCUGAGAUGGAGGACGCGAACAUCAAACUUACUCCUGACCCAUUGUCGCCGGAGAGCACUCUGGAGUUUCCGACGGUGCUACUCUACCCGAUGGAUGCGGAGUCGGAUUUCAUCAAGGGAUUCCCCGAGGCCACUUCGAUUGAGGAUCAUCUCGAUUAUAUCUUCCCGCUGCCGUGGGACACGAAGAAGGAAUAUACGAUUCAGAACGUGGACUGCUACAUGGACACGCAUACGGGAGGCCUGAUAAAGGCGGGAAAGAAGCUUCCGCUGUUGCAAAUUCUGAGUGGGAGCAAAGUCGAAGUCGUUGACGAGCUGGUUCGUAUCUACGUUGUGCCAAGCGCGAAGAGCAAGGACUUCAUUGCCGCAGUCAAAGCACGCAAAGAAGGUUGA